AUGCCCUCCCAAGAGGGCACCAAGAAGAAAGCCUGGGGCUUUUCUCUCUGGGUCUCUUCUCUUUCCCUGAAAGCCCUGCCAGGUGUAACCUCCUCAGAGGCCGACCCUUUCCUCCCCUGGCAUCCUCUUUGUCACACACGCCUUUGUCACGUUCUGAUCCCGUACGGAGUGGGGACAGGGAAGGCGGCCCUCCAGGACACUGCUUGGAACGAGGUGUUCCGGCCCGCCUGGCCCAGCCGCCACCCGGAGAACCCGUCAGGCCGCUCUCAGGAGGACGGAGAGCCGGAGGCAGCCGGGGGCAGGACCGCCCCCUCCACUGCGCAUGCGCCCCCUCCUGCCGCGACCCGGGAAGGCCCCGCCCCUCCCCAGGUGAGCCGGCGGCGGCGCCUCUGUGAUGUGGUCCCCGAGGCCGCCCGGGCAGCCCGAGGUGGCUCCCGGAGCCGCCUCCCCUUCGCAGCCGGCCCUCCCCUGGAGGAACUGACCUAUUGGAGCUUUCCUGUAAGUCUGCGAUUCUGCCAGAACACAGGCGUGAAAAGGAGAAGACAGGACAUCGCACCUGGGAGCCCACAGUUCUGGGACGUCUGCACCUCGCCCUGCACCUCGCGGGGCCCAGAUCGGGAAAGAGGGAAGGCCCGAUGUCCCGGCCAGCUCCUGGCACCCCCUGUGUGGGCACAAUGCCUGCCGCCUGACGUCCUGGUGACCCACGUGGACCGUGCGGGGGAGGGGCAGUGUGGUGUUUGGGGCGCACCUGCCCUCCCCCCGGAGGACAGGUCGGACGCAGAGGGAUUGUUUCCAUGGCACAGAACCCGGGAGAAUGUAGCCAGCCUGCCUACGACUCUGCCCGUGCUGGUGGCCGUGAGAAGUGCGGGCGCCCAGCUCCGCGGAGAGGGUGGGCGCGUCCAGGGAGCCCACGGAGGCAUUGCUGUUCGAAGCACGAAGAUGCAGAAGGGGACCGUCCACGGGGCCUCGGGGCCCACCAGCCUCAGCACCCAUGGGGGCUUAGACAGCAGACGUGUUCCUGACGGAGGCGAAGUGUCCGAGGUCAGGGGCAGACGGGGUCCAGUUCAGGGCAGAGCCUUCCUGCCCGGUCCUCCUGUGCGGGAGAGAGGGCUCCGUCUUCUCUUUCUGUAAGGGCACUGGUCCCACCGUGAACCCCACCCUCAUGAACCCCCCAGCCCUCAUCGCCCCCCAAAGGCCACCCGCUUCCAAAUGCCGUCCUCCUGGGGUUAGGGGUGCAAUUCGCACUCAGGACACCACGCUCGUCCCUACGGUCCAGACAGUGAAAGGGAGUGAGGGUAGCCUCACACCGUAUGACGUGUCCUUGAUGAGGGCGUGUCGCGUAUCCCCUACAGGACACGAAGGCGCAGCGAGUGGCACUGUUGGUUACCAAACUGGGAAACGCGUUUAAGAAAAGUUCUCAACCAGGGAAGUUGUUUUACCUCCUGUUUGGUAAGGAGGAUGUUUGAUUUAAAAAUUUUCCAUUCUUCUGA